GGGCGAGGCGGGGCGGAAGUUCCCGCCAGAGGCCUCGGCGGUCGUGAGGGGAAAUAAACGAAAAUAUUUUCGUUGUUAAAUUUCGAGCUACAAUCCAUCGGAUAUCCCUUCUACUCUCGCGUCUUGCUUCCUAAUGAAACGACGUUCCGUGUCGUGACCAAAACCUUCUUGGUUUCUUGGUUUGUUUAAGGAAAAAUCGUCCGCGCGGUGGUUUCGUUGCUGCUGCUGCGUCGAGCGGGUGAGCGGGUCUCCGCCUGACCCAAGCUCCACCGAACAUCCUCCUCGGCCCCCGGCGCCCGUCCGUUGGAUCGUGGGGGGGUUCCUACGAGGCGGCAUCGUCACACCCCGGCAGCCCCCCAACUCUCCCGCCCCUGCCCCCCACUCCGCCCAACUUCGUGAGUCAACAUGGGCUCGCGAAUCCUGCUGCGGCAGCAGCUGAUGAAGGACCAGCUGUGCGAGGAGGAGCGAAGGACGCAGCAGCAACAGCAGCAGCAACAACAGCAGCAGCAGCAGAAUGCGACGUUCUUGCCCGGCCAGCAACGGCCCAGCGCGCAGACGCCGGCCAUCAACGUGCAGGUGCCGGCCGGCCUGCCCAAGGCACAGGUGCCGGUGCAGGUGCUCAAGGUCCAGACGAACCUGGAGAAUCCGACCAAGUACCACAUCCAGCAGUCUCAGCACCAGCAGGUCAAGCAGUACCUGACCACGACGCUGGGCACCAAGGUCGCGCACCAGGUGCUGGCCAUUUCACGCCCGUCGGCGAGCUCCGCUCCUAACAUGACCGGCGCCGCCGCCACCGGCGCCGGCACUGCCGGGGUUCACGUCUCCCCCGGGCAGCAGCAGCAGCAGUUUGCCACGACGGCCCCGACGGCGGGGGCGCUGGCGGCGGCGGCGGCGGCGCAAACGCAGUCCGUGUCGCCUCACGGCUCUGCCGUGCUGCUGCCGGGCAGCGGAUCCGGCCUCAACAGUCCCAUGGCCCUGCUCAACAUCAACAACAACGAGAGCAGCGAGAGGGAGAUGGAAGACGUCAUCGAUGACAUCAUCAGCCUGGAGUCGAGCUUUAACGACGAGAUGUUCAGCCUCGUCGACUCCUCCGGCCUCCCGCUCUCCAACACGCUGCCGGUUCAAAGCAACGGGCUGGAGGUGUAUGGGGGCGCCGGGGUGGUGAUCCCGGGCAUCACACUGACCAGCACCAGCUGUCCCGCCAACCUGGCGCCCGUCAAGCUGGAGGUUGUGGAAGAUGAGCAUCGUGUCCUGGUGAAGGAAAGGCAGAAAGAAGACAACACAACCUCAGGUAUUUAG